GGCCCCUGCGCGGCGGCGCUUGGUCCGCUCCCCGUGGUGGGAGCGUUGCGGCCCCCGGCGCGCUCGUAGCGGAGAACGGGGGGCCCGGGGGCCGAGCCCUGUGGCGCGCAGCACAGAGCCAGGCUCGCGAAGGCCGCGAAGGGGGGGCGCGCAAGCUGCCGCGGGCGUGUUUCUCUCUUCGGAUGCGAGGCGCGAGGGAGAGAAAGAGAUGACGCCCGGCAUGGACGGCCUUGCGGAACACAAACCCAAAGCGGCGCCGUCUUUUUCGCCCCGGCCGGGUGCCGGUGCGUGCGUUGGUGCCUGCGUGGCCCGCCCGCUCCUGGCCGGCUGGUAUUCCUGCGCCGCGCGCCCUGUCGGGUAGCCUAGCUGGCUGCGUGGCCGGCCGCCGUGGGUUUGCUUGGUCGCGUAUGUCGGGCGCAGGCGCUCGCGGGCAAUGCUUAGCGAAGAACUACGCGCCCGCCUCUGGACAGGGUGCCACGCAGUCAGGCACCCCACCGCGCCGGCGCUCCGGCGGCCGGUCGCCCCGCAGAGCUUGCUAACAAGUUUGCCAGCGAGGCACAGGCGACCGCCUGGGGCGGCCCGCGCGCCCGUUUGCGUAGGGUGGCCCGCCCGUUCCGCGCCGGCGCCCGCCCAAGUUUGUUCGUUGUUAAAGGUGGCAGCCCCCUAUCCUCGGCAUUUGUUUCGGUCGGAUGCCGAGUUGGGGCCGGCGUCCGCGCAUGGUUUGGGCCGGCGGCCGGCCCAGGCUGGCAGAGUCGCUUGGUCGUUUUGGGCACGUGGUGCCUGCGCAGCUUCGUUGUGGCCAAGCGGGUCUCUAUCUAUUCAUUAAUCGCCCUGGUUUGUAAAAUAAAAGCAGAUAACAGCAGACGGGGUCGUCUCGCUCGCACAGUAGCAGUAGGCGC